UAUAUAAAUCUCUUGAGUGUUGCUAUUGAUGAAUUAAAUAAUAUUAUGUCUUUAAAAUGGAACGAAAAUAUUACUCUUGUUUUUUUAAAUGCAUAUCAAAAGCACCCAUGUCUUUGGAAUCCAUAUUAUGUGAAAUAUUAUGAUUGUUUAGCCAAAAAUGAUGCACUCAAGAAUAUAAUUAAAGAACUUAAUAUACCCGAAUUGAAUAUAUCUGAUUGUCUAGAACAGAUUAAAGUGAUAAGAAAAAAAUAUGGACAGGAACAAACAAGAGUUAUCAAAGGAUUUCAAUUAGAUAAAUCAUACAAAUCUCCUUUUGCUUGGUUUCCUAUAAUAACUGAAAUGUUAACAAAGGUGAUUGACGAUGAAAGCAAGUUGCAGAACAGAAUAGGAUCAGUGAAAAUGAUAUCUCCUGUAAAAGAUUGCAUUAUGACAUCAUAUGACAACAACAGCAGAUAUAAAAAUGUAUCUAAUUUUCUUUGUAUGCAAGAUUAUAAGAUGAAAUCAAGAAAAAACAGGAAUUUUGAUAUAUUAGAACACGAAAGCAAAGGGCAGAGUGAUGCACAAUUGCUGCAAUGUCCAUCCUGUGGUUGGGAAGAUGUAAAUCCUAACAAAUUGGAUAUAAAAACUGUGAAAAAAGCUUACGAAAAAAUAAAAUCAUUAAAUAUCACAAUUCCUUGUCCAGAAUAUUCCAAUUUAGCUAAUAAACUUUACGAAGGAUACAAAGCACAUCGAAUAACAGACAAUACGUAUCAAGGAAAAUACGAGAACAUAAUUCCAUGUCCAACCUUUUCUAGUGAAUUACCAAGUUAUACAGGCUAUUCUGCAGACGUAUCGAAAACUAAUUAUAUGUACUAUCCACAAAGCACUUGCAAUUACAUAAAUCAACAGACGAUACCAGCAUCUGUUGCAUCCAAACCAAAAUUUUGUACAAGAAAAACACAAUUGUGUGUGAAAAACAAAAGCGAACAAUUAUUUCCGGAAAGACGAACGAAGCAAGUAGGGACCAAGGAAGUAGCAAUAAAUACUGUGGAACAAUGUGAUAAGGAGAUUCAGAACACUAUUUGUGCAAGUCCAAAUAAUUGUCAAGUUUUUCAAAUAUAUUCUUCGACACAAGAAGUAAAGCCAAUUAAUGUAAAUACUGUGAAAUAUCCUACAAACGAUAUGCGAAAUACGAUUGGUAUAAAAUUAAAGACCGUAGAAGGUUCUAUGCCGAAUUUUAUACCGAUAACUACCGAUGGAAAUUAUUUGCCAUUGAUACAAAGAGAUUUGAAGGAAUUCACAACUAAUAAAUGUCAGAAAGAUACUGGUGAUCAUGAUCAGAAAGAAGCGGAAAAAGCUUAUUUUGCAUUAGAUAACAAGAAACUCGUUGAAAAUGAAGUUUGCACUAAAGAAACCUGCUCCUGUCUUCUCUCUCACAACAUAAUGGAGAUUAUCAAACACAAUUCUGCAGUAACACAAGCUUUACUUCAAUGCUUGGAAAAAGUAAUGCAAGAAAGAACAAACAUUUAUUCUGUUACGUCGCACUUAUCAAAGAUAGAUGUAAACUCUAAUUCUUCCGAGGUGACUGUUUGUGAACAAAUUCUAUGCAAAUUUCUAAAUGAGAAUAUACAUUCUGGCACUAACUCUGCUGCUGAACUAGAAAGCUUAAGUUGUUUAUCGUGUUUGGAAAAAACGGAGAAAGAUAACACCAUAGCAAUGUUUAUUGAAACUUUUUUAGAGCUAAUGAAGCAUGUCUUUGUAACGAGUAACAAGAAUGAUUGGUCAAAGAAACAGAUAUUAAAUAAAUUUUAUUGUAGAUCCAAAUCGGAAGGUACAUGCCCUUCAAAGAAAAACUCUGCUUUGAAUUCGAUUCAAACUCAAGAUACAAAAGAGGAUAUCGAUCAAUUUAUAUCCUCUUAUGCGAACUUGAAAGACGUAGAAGUACUAUAUGAACCCUCCACAUCGAAAAUUAGAGAUUACAGUCUUUCGGAAAAUGAUACUACAUAUGUAGAAACAACGAUAGAUGAACCGUUUGUCAAGGAUAAAAAUGUUACUGCACGUACAGAAAAACAUGAUAUCGGUUUAAAUAUAUCAUUGCCGCAGAUAUUGCUUCGUGAUUCGGAAACUCAGUAUACUCUGAAGCAAUUGCAAGAUACAGGCAUUGUAACCGAUCCCAGUUUUGAGGAAAAAAUAAGUGUGGCCACUCAAAAUCGUGAGCCUAUUUUAAUUCGUGUAAUCAAAUCUAAUAAUAGCGGAGGUGUUCUAAAAUUGGACAAGGAGACAUGUGUCCGUGAUGCCUGUGUUCUGUGGAACGUCGAUAAGUACUCGAAAAACAUGUAUCAGAAGUAUUCAGUUAGAAAAUAUUACGAUGAACUAUUACAUCCUGGCAUUUCUCAUGUACGCGAGAAAGAAGUGAAUUGUGUAGAUUACCGUACAUCUUUGUUACAUACGGUACCAAAUCUCUCGAAUGGGAUUUAUAGAUACUACAAAGGAUGCAGAAGUUCAUUGCCAUGUAAUCAUGAUUGGAUCAAAGCAAAUAUUACAAAUCUUGGAAUAUCAUCGACUCAACGUGUUUCCAAAAUCCCAUUAUAUGCGAGAUCACAUAAAUAUACACAGAGAAGAACUGAUUUGUAUAGAAUGUCACGAUCGUACGUAUAA